AAGUUUCGCGUCUCUCUGGAUGAGUGGCUGCAGCCGCUCCCUUCCUGCCAAGAGUUAGAGAUACCUUUGCACUUGAAGCCUAUAUAUGAGAAGCACAAAAAUCUCUAUACGGCACAGUUGAAGAAUGUUGUUACCUCUUUUGGGCAGGUCCUGCAGUCAACUUUCUGCAAGCGGUUGGCUCUCAUGUUGAUGGAAGCGCACUCCAAUGCAGUGUCAAACCAUGAGCACAGGAGUGAAGGUUUUGUCGCCCCAAGAGUCAUUGCAACAAGCAGUGUCGAGCGCACGGGAGCGGUGACUUUUGGCACCCCAACAGCCACUGCAGCAGGCAUUGCUAUCCACUCUUCCAAGUGUCCAUUAUCGGAUCCUGAUUCCCAGGCAGAAGCAGGUGCUGAUGAUCAGAACAAGGCACAACCUGGUGGUGUAGUUGCUGCUCCCAAAGUAGUGGAGACCGGUGCAUUAGGUGAGAAGGUUGGGGUGGAAGCGGAACAGGGGGCGGGUCAAAGCACAAGCGUUGCUAAGCGUUCCAGGGCUGCUGCGUUGCAACAAGGUGAGAGUAGCAAUCAUUCUCAUGGGAAGGAUUGUGUGGAGCAGGAGGAAGUUAUACAUCGUGGCGGAAAGGUGACCCCCAAAGAUGCUUGCAACAUGGAUCCUUCGGGAGCUUCUGAUAAGGUUGAAACACCAGUUCUUUCCCAGGGCACGGUGCAGGCAAUGAUGGUAACUGCCUUGGAGUGGGAAGAUGGCCCAUCUUGUGCUCUUUUCUCGGAGGGGACCGAAGACUAUGAGUGGAUGAAUCAAAAAGUGUAG